AUGAGUUGUUCAACACUUUUAGUAUCUUGUGAAGGCUUUUAUAAGGACAGUGCCAACCUUUUCAUAUGCUGGGAGUGUAAAGCAAUAUUGUCCAGGAUAUGUGGUUUCCGGCACCAGGCAUGCAAAGCGCAAAAAGAGCUGUCACUCAUCACUGAAGGAAGAGCUGAUAGAGCAAGAAACAUUCGGUCUAAACUGAGUUGCAUGUUAAAAACCACCUACGACCGUACAUUCAUCUGUGAUAAUUCAGAAGAAAUAAUUGAUAAUUUUAUAGACUGUGGACCGAUUGUAGAUAUUAAACCUGAAAGUGAUUUAGACGAUGUGCCUUUAGCUGAACUUCAUAGCAACUCCAUGUCCAAUGAUAAUGAAAAGCUUAAUAAAGAGAAUACAGCUCUAAGUCUAUACACAAAAAGUCUAAAAUCAAAUCACUUAAAUGAAAACCAAGGAAGUAAUAGAAAAGUAAGACCAGUAAGGAAACGAAAACUCAGCAAAGAAAGUUCCAAAGAAAAUAGUACUUUAAUUGAUAGUAAUAAGAAAUAUUAUGCUACAAUUGAAAUGAAUGAAGAGGAAAUGACUGAAAGUAGAAAUGAGAGAAAGCGGACAGCCAUUUACGCUGAUGCGGCAUUCAAAUGUGACACUUGUAUCGAAGGUUUUAAGCUUGAAAUUGAGUUGGAAGGACAUAAUUUAGACAAUCACAAAAAGAGAGAAAAACGUACAAUAUGCGAUAUAUGUCAGUCGUACGUCAAAAAGGCAUCAUUUAAAACGCACAGGAGGGAUCACUAUCUAAAAUACAGUUGUCAGUUGUGUGAUUUCAUGUCAUACAAAAUAGCGGAGAUGAUUUGUCAUUUGAAGAGUGAACAUGCUAUAAAGAAUCUGGUUCUUGCUUUACAUAGGAAGAAGAAUCAACGUAAAAAGUACGUAGUAAAAAAUCCAGGUUCAAAGCCGCGACGGAAUAAAGCGAUGAAGGACAAAGGCACGCCUUUCGGUUUUUUAUGUUCGGAAUGCAACAAAUAUUUUGAGACCAAGAACUUACGAUGGAAGCACAUUCAAAGACACCAUCGCGAGGGUUUCGAAUGUACCACAUGUGGUAAAAGGUUUCCAUUCAAAAACAACUUGAACAGGCACACACUUACGCACACAUCACCACCGACCCGCGAAGAGUGUGCAGUGUGCCACAAGCAAGUGCGUGCGGACUUAAUGCGCACGCACUUGCGCAUACACGGCGCUCGCGAACGGUUCGCGUGCGCGCAGUGCGACAAGACGUUCGCGAGCAGACCCUCCUACGAACACCACCUCAAGUACACGCUCGCCCACGCGGUCAACGAUAUCCUCAAGUACAAAUGCUCGGUGUGCGACAAAGGCUACAGAUCUAAAGGGGAGCUGCGUGAUCACAUCAACUACCAGCAUAUGGGGAAGACGCAGCACAAAUGUCCUGUAUGCGGAAAGGCACUGGCGACGCGUCGCUGCAUCACGCGGCACGUGAGGCGCGCACACCACGGCAUCAAGGAGAACGAGAGGGACAAGAUAUGCCAGCAGUGCGGGAAGGCUUUCAGGGACAAGAAAGGUCUAAGAGAACAUGAGUUUAUCCAUACGGGUGAGCGUCCCCUAUCCUGCGAAAUUUGCGGCUGCACCUUCAGACAAAGCGCCUCCCUAUAUACACAUAGAAAGAGGGUGCAUAAGAUCUAUCCGAGGAAGAUAAACGUUGAGUUGAUGGAGAGUGAGGUCUCAAAUGCCAAUCAGGAAGUGAAAGAAAAGACUUGA